CUCCGGCCAAUGAUUGCUAACCGAUUCCUCGUUAGCUCGAAUGGAAAUGUCCGUCUGCCGACUCGUUUUUUUUCAUAUUUGUCGUCCGCUCGUCAGGAAGUAACACCCCGGCGAAACUUUUCAAUUGUCGGUUGAAACGAUUCGGGCCGCCGCCACGUUCUCCCCCGACAAAGAAACGGGGCCGACCCUUCCCCUACCGCGGAUGUGAAAUGUCCAUUUUCGCAAUGGACGCCGCGUGUGUGUACGCGGGUUUACCGACCGAAGAUGGACGGAGACGGUGCCACGACAGACGCCUCGCAGCUGGGCAUGGCUGGGGAGUACAUCCCAUCCACGCACUAUGUGCUUCAGCCAGAUGAUGACCCUGAUGAAUGUAUGAACGACCACGACGACGGUAGUGUCAAGGAGAACUACAGGGAGCAGGACAUCUAUCUCCCCAUCGCCAACGUGGCUCGAAUUAUGAAAAACGCCGUCCCCCAAACCGGAAAGAUCGCAAAGGACGCCAAGGAGUGCGUGCAGGAGUGCGUGAGCGAGUUUAUCAGCUUCAUCACGAGCGAGGCGAGCGAGCGCUGCCACCAGGAGAAGCGCAAGACCAUCAACGGCGAGGACAUCCUGUUCGCCAUGUCCACGCUGGGCUUCGACAUGUACGUGGAGCCACUCAAGCUCUACUUGCAGAAGUUCCGAGAGGCAAUGAAAGGGGAGAAGGGCAUGCCCGGCGUGUCUGUGGGUGAAAGCCUAGGAGAGGAGCUCACGGACGACAGCUUCACAAACCCUCUCCCGGCAGGAAUUAUAACGGCUGACGGUCAGCAGCAAAACGUCAUGGUGUACACCACCUCAUACCAACAGAUUCCCACUGUACAGCAGAUCCAGUUUUCAUGACAAAGUCUCACCUCCCAGCGUGAAAAAGUGAGCCAGCACUCAGCGGACGAACCCCCGAAUCCGGCGCGGGUGGGAAAAGGCCAUCGAGGAGGAAAGGACUGGGUGCUGGCAUCUGCUGUGCACCUUUCCUGUACCGACAAAAUCGCAACCUGUUGAGUAGAAAGUAGAUUGUAGUCCCGCUUAAUUUUCAUCACAUGAACAAAGUUCUGUGUAGUUUUGUGGUACCAAAUGUGUAGGAUUUUAACCAAACUGCCUGGACAAGAUUAUUAUUAUUAUUAUUUUGGAAAGGCUUCUCUUCACGUGACGUAAUUGGUGAUCCAACUCCUUCGGUGCAUGUUGAUAAUGUGUUUUGCUUCGAUGCUUUUUCUUUUGCCUCAGUGAAUGUGGGGCGUGAAGUAGUGGACUACCCAAUGCUAAUUUUUAGCCACUUCUCCAGGAAUUUACUACACGUUGGAGAGCAACUUAAAUAUUGGGUGGGGGGGGGGGGUUGUUUUUGUUUUUUGUAAAUUCGCCCAAUUUCUGUGCUUUUUGUCUCCCGCAAUUUAUUCAACUACAACAGGCUUGUUCCUCAAGGGCUAGUUUUCCCAUCUCUGCUGCAACACACCCAAAUCAAACGUUCAGACAAUUUCGAAGAGGUAAAACAGAUUCAUAAUGUGUUUCUAGAUUUCGGUGUGUGAUUGGAGUUUGCGUUUAAUCAAUUGCAUUCGAAAUGUGUCACAAAAAAAUCGAUGACGCAUGGAGUCGUUAAGUUUUAUUUUCGAGCUUUUGACGAUGUUUAUGUGCAAGCCGGCACGAAUUAAAAAGCUAACCGUCAACCGUCGCUACGAUCCAGUUUUGAAUCCGGUGUCUUGUCGUAGGGAGGAAUGGAAAACAUCUCAAACGGGUCCUCGAGGAACAGAAUUGAAGAUCCUUACAAUACAAUCACAUGACAUGUGUAAACUUGACAGUAUUUUUAUUUAUAGAACAUAAAUGGCCAAUAAAAUUGAAGUUGUAAUUUU